CUCCGGACAGACUCACAGGCUCAGACAUGGCUCCGUGAACCAACACAUGGCAACCAGUAGCCAUGAACCAAAAAACAACUCACCAAAAACUGACGAUGCUCCAGUAGCAGCCUUACUUCGUUUCUUUCCAACUAACUCCAGCUCCCGCAGCGUCCACAGCUGACGGCCGGCUGUCACUCAGUGCGGGGGGAGGCACUACGACCCCCUUCAGUUUCAUCUGCUCCGACAUUUCGCUUUAAAGUUUCCGUCUCUUUUCAACAUGGGUGUCCAGGGUUUCCAGGAGUACAUUGAGAAGCAUUGUCCCACCGCUGUGGUGCCAGUGGAGCUCCAGAAGCUGGCCCGGGGGAGUAUGGUCGGAGGUGGCCGGCAGAGACCCCCUCAGAGUCCGCUGAGGCUGCUGGUGGACGCCGACAACUGCCUCCACCGACUCUACGGAGGCUUCUACACCGACUGGGUCAGCGGGGGCCAGUGGAACCACAUGCUGGGCUACCUGGCCGCCCUCUCCAAGGCCUGCUUCCACGGCAACAUAGAGCUCCUGGUGUGCUUCAAUGGCGCCCUGGAGAAAGGCCGUCUUCACGAGUGGGUCAAGCGGCAGGUGAACGAGAGGCAGACCGCCCAGCAGAUCAUCAGCCACAUCCAGAACAAGGGCACCCCGCCGCCCAAAGUCUGGUUCCUCCCUCCCGUCUGCAUGGCCCAUUGCAUCCGACUGGCGCUCCACAGAUUCCGCGUCGGGGUUGUCCAGACCAUCGAAGACCACCACCUUGAAGUGAUAGCCCUGUGCAGAGAGAGCAGCUUCCACGGCCUGGUGGCCUAUGACUCUGACUACGCUCUGUGCAACAUCCCAUACUACUUCAGUGCUCAUGCCCUCAAACUAAGCCGCAACGGCAAAAGCCUCACCACCAGCCAAUACCUGAUGCACCAGGUGGCUCGGCAGCUUGAUCUCAACCCCAAUCGUUUUGUCAUUUUUGCAUCGCUUUUAGGAAACCACAUACUGCCUGAUGAAGACUUGGCUGCCUUUCACUGGAGCUUACUUGGUCCAGAGCAUCCGUUAGCAUCUUUGAAGGUGCGUGCCCACCAGCUUGUGCUCCCACCCUGUGAUGUUGUAAUCAAGGCUGUGGCUGACUAUGUCCGUAACAUACCAGACAUCAGUGACCUGGAGACCAUUGCUAAGGACAUCUUCAAAAAUUCCCAGACAUGCACUGAUGACAAAGUGAUCCGCUUCAAGAAGGCAGUGGAUUACUACUCUGUGGCCAGCAGACCCUCUCACUUCCCUCCACACUUAGUCAAACCUAAACUAAUGGGAGUGUCUGCUGCAGUGCCAUUUCCAAAAAUGCUCAACAUUCCACAGCCGGCGCUGCCUGUAAACCCUGCGGUCCAGCACUCGUACCCUGAGCCUGUAGUGGAGCAGGAUGAAGGGAAGCACACACCGCUGUAUGAGAGGUCCUCCUCCAUCAACCAAACCGAAGCUGCUUUCUUCAAUGCCUCUUCCACAUCCUCUUCCUCAGAGAAUGAAGAGAGCUCAGGCACAACUACUAAUCAUGUUAGUGACCAUAAGGAAGGAUGGGAGAAAAAUGGACAUUCUCCACUUUGUGAAAAUACACCAGAGGGAGAUCAAACAAAAGCUGACCUCUGUGUGACUCCUGCUGUGAGUCUUCACAGCCUGAAUGCCCAGAUCCCCUCCCUGCUCUCCAUGGCCACCAGGAACCACAUGGACAUCACCAUCCCACCUCUCCCUGAAGUGGCCCCCGAGGUCCUGCGGGUAGCUGAGCACAGACACAAGAAGGGCCUCAUGUACCCCUACAUCUACCAUGCUCUCACCAAGGGAGAGAUGAAGCUGUCUGUCACCAUUGAAGAUGAAGCUAACAAAGAGCUGCCUUCAGCAGUGCAGCUGUUUCGGCCUAUCCGUCAGUAUGUUUACGGAGUGCUCUUCAGCCUGUCCGAGGCCAGGAAGAAGGCUGAGAGACUGGCCAUGAGGAAGAACUGCCUCCCUGAAUAUACACAUGUGAUGAUCAAAGAGUGGGCCGCCUACAAAGGGAAGUCUCCUCACACUCCGGAGCUGGUGGAGGCUCUGCCCUUCAGGGAGUGGACUUGUCCCAGCCUCAAGAAGCUGUGGCUGGGGAAGGCCGUUGAGGACAAGAAUCGCAGGAUGAGAGCCUUCCUGGCCUGCAUGCGCUCCGACACUCCAUCUAUGCUGAACCCUGCCAAUGUUCCCACGCCCCUAAUGGUGCUCUGCUGUGUGCUGCGGUUUAUGUUACAUUGGCCAGGAGUAAGAAUUUUGCGUCGUAACGAACUUGACGCUUUCCUAGCCCAGGCACUUUCAUCUAAACUUUAUGAGCCUGACCAGCUGCAGGAACUGAAGAUUGAAAACCUGGACCCUCGAGGAGUCCAGCUGGCUGCUCUGUUCAUGAGUGGAGUGGACAUGGCUCUGUUUGCCAACGACGCCUGCGGACAGCCAGUUCCCUGGGAGCACUGCUGUCCAUGGAUGUUCUUUGACGGCAAGCUCCUUCAAAGUAAACUCAUCAGGGCCAACAGGGAGAAGGCCCAGCUCAUUGACCUCUGUGAUGGUCAGGCUGAGCUGGUUGCCAAGGUGGAGAAGAUGCGUCAGAGCAUCUUGGAAGGUCUCAGCUUCACUCGGCCACUUCAUCCUCCUCCGUUCGCCCCACUGCCGCCGCCACCUCCUCACAGGAUGCCUUUUUACCCCCUCACUGGCUCCUUCUACCCCCCACCCCCUAUGAUGGCUCCCCAGGGGAGAGGCAGAUGCAUGCCUGGUGAGUACCAAGGACUUGAAGGAAUGUCGUCACAGGGUGGAAAGCUGGAGAUAGCUGGUACUGUGGUGGGUCAGUGGGCUGGAAGUCGCCGCUGCCGAGGAAGAGGAGGCUCCCCUGUUCAGGUGGUGUCUGUUGGUGGACCGAACAGAGGUCGUCCUAGAGGUGUGAUUUCCACGCCAGUCAUCAGGACGUUUGGUCGGGGAGGCAGGUACCACGCUCGAACUUUCAAGAAUCAGGGAGCGUACCUGGGUAAGCCAGCUCAUAAGCCGGCUCCUACGUCUGGACAUGAAGCAGUGAAGGAGAGAAGGAAAUCCUCCCCUGCACCGUGUGACGACUCAACCACAGAGAACGGCGUAGAAGACAAAGAGCCAGAGCAGCUGAAUGGUGAAAAAGAGGAACCUGAAAGUGCCUUUAGCAGUGACUCUAAGACAUGCAAUUCUAAUCCUCACUUAAAUGCACUAAAUGUAGACAGCAGCUGCCAUAGAGAUGAAGGUAUGGAGGCUGCUGUCUUAAAAACAGAAGAGUAAUCUUAUUUUUCUAGAGAGGGUGGAGGAUAAAAGAUGGAAUGGGGUGAGGAUAUCUGGAAAUUUGUCAAUGUACCUUUUUCCUGAGAUUAAGAAAAGACAUGUAAUUGGGAUCCCUCUCAGUAAACACAAGAUAUACAACACAUUGCUAGUUUAGGGAGUUGUUCACUCCAUCACCAAGAGUUCUACAUGUUUAUGAGAAUGAUACUUUUCCUUUCCAUUAGAAUAUUAAAGCAAAUAUUUUAGUUCUUAUAGGUUGGUACUCUAUUUGUCAUCAUAGUACUGUUAUAAAUUUUGUGUUGUCCGGUUACCUGCUUAAUGGAAUCCAAACAUAUAGAAAAACAAAAUGCAACACAUCUGCCUUGGUCACCACUUGUUGGUUUGGGUCAUGCUGAAGCAGCUCUCCGUUAGUUCAGAUGAGCUCCAUGGAGUUUCAGUCAUUUAGUUGUAAGUAACAUUUGAAAAAACGGCUCUAAAAAGAUCUUGUCACACUCUGACACCUUGGUUUUUUUAGUCAGAUGUAGAGAUGUAGUAUUACCGCUUCAACAAAAACCUUGUGCAUGGUUCACAGUUCAAGAGAUGUGUAGUUAUUAUGCAUGUUGUCCUUUUUCUCCCAUCUUUACCAGUCUGUGCCCAAGUGCUAACUAACGAAUGGCUAAUAUCAGUGAGGACCAUUAAAGGUGUUCUGUUAGUAACACAUUAGUUUGGACCUUGAUUCUUUUGUGACCUGUGUUGCAUUUAUUUUAAUUUUUUAAACAAUAGAUUAUCUACCCACUUUGAGAUAGUGUAUUCACACAAUAGUGUUCUCUAUUGCUGUUUUCUGCAUCAGUCAAAUAUCUGAAGGAAGAAAAAAAUCAGUUGUUAGCUGAAAGCAAUGUGCUUGACCUUCCAAUUAAGACUUCAGCUGUCAGCCAGUAAUCGGGUUUGACUUUAGUGUUGUUCUCACACUACACCACAAUCAUUUAACAUUUUCACUUGAUUCUCCUUUUCAGCUUUUCAUCUUUCAUUAGUGAUCAGACAAAUUGUGUAUUCCCCAGCUAAAUAGGUCACCUUCUAUGUCAGUUGAUUAGAGUUUCUUCCUAACUCAUGGAUUGUAAAAGAAAGAACUACUGUUGGGUUUGAUUGAAUAUUGGUGAAUUGUGGCGUGGUGUAUUUGAAUGCUACUUGGCUACAAUGCUUAAUAAAACUAUAUUCUUUUAGUACAA